AUGAUGUGGUCUAAGGCCUUUGUUCUGUCCUUGCAGGUGGCCUGCGCGACAACUUGUGCUGCCGAAGCAUCAUCGCCAGUAAACUCAACUCUGCCAUCAAUCGAUGUAGAGUUGACUCCUAUUUUGGAUGUUGUGAACUACACGGGCAUCAAUGGAGAGCUUGUCAUGGACAUUCAUUUUGCUAACAACGAGACCCUCCUCGUGCUACCCCUCGAAAUGGCAAAUGCACCAUCUGCGCAGUAUACCACCGAGACACUGGAAGCGUGGGACUGUCUUGGCCAGCUCAGGCUGACCCAAAGCGACGGCACUGGAUCAGACAGCCAGCCCAGCAGGUUUUGGGCUGUGCAGAGAGCCACACAAGGUCCUGUGGUGGUCCGGUUCAAAGCGAAGCCGUACCAAAUUGAUCCGAACGCCAUGGUUGGACCGCUGUUCGACAUCCGCUCCAAUGGCGACGGUCUCUUGGGCUCGACCUGGGCCCUUGUUCCACUACCACCUGAUAACACAGCUCAGUAUCAGUUCUCCCUGAGAUGGAAUCUCAAGCAUUCGCCACAAGAUGCCAAGGCCGCUUGGACGUGGGGUGAGGGCCCGGCGCCUGUCACAAUCAGCGGCACUUCAGCAACCUUUCUUUACACGUUUUGGGCCGUCGGGUCAAUGUCUGCUUACCCAAGCGACUCGGAUUCUAAGCCAUUGAGCCCAGAUUACAGCAUGUACUGGCUCGAGCAACCCCCCUUCGACGUGGACACGAUAGCCGCGUUCGUGGACAAAUUCUUCAACUAUUCGUCGAUCUUUUGGAAGGACACAAACGGAGAACCUUACAGGGUCUUCAUUAGACACAACCAAGAAACCGGAACUGGAGGGACGGCCCUGUUGAGGUCGUUUACCUUUGGCUGGCACGACGCAAACAGCACGGCCGAGGACAAGCUUGAACUGCUCCUGUCCCACGAAAUCACCCACAACUGGCCUCAAAUUAAUGACGUAAACGCUGCCGGAACUCGAUACGCUGAAGGGACUGCCGAAUACUACUCACUGAGGUUGUUGUGGCGAAAUAAUCAGAUCUCAACUGAAACCUACCUGUCGGAAAUGAAUGCUAGACUCAAGACAUAUUACUUGAAUCCUUACGUCAAUCUAACUGAUGAAGAUGCGUAUGAUCAAGCAUGGGAGGCUCGGCAAGCCCAGACAAUUCCCUAUGGUCGUGGACUCAUCUAUCUCACCAACCUCGAUGCUCAAAUGCGCGCCGUUUCAAACUCAGAUGGUAGAGAAAGUCUAGAUACCAUUGUAUUAGAGCUCUUGGAUAUUUGCCGAGCGUCUUCGUCUCAGUGUACUGAGGUCCAGCUGUUAAAACUGUUGGAGAAGUAUCUUGGCCAAGAAGGUGUGGAGGAGUAUCACGCUGUCAGCACCGGACAACCACUCAUCCAGCCUCUUGAAGACAGCCUUGGCCCUUGUUUCGAGGUUAUUGAGACACAGACAAACCCUGCUGUAUUCCAAUGGCGCUUCAGGGAUGGCAAGGACGCCUCUAGCGAAGACUGCCUGAUAUAG